GAAAUUUCUUCCUUUAUUCUAUUCCCACUUCAUGUUGCUAUUUUGGACUUUACUCUGCCACUAUAAAUUCCUCCUCGUUUGGUCAAUACUUCUGUGCAUUUCCCUGCUAUGUUUAGGAUCUCCAAAACUUGUACAAUGAAGAACUUCUUAGCUUUCUGCAUUUCUCUUUUCCUUGUCCCUUGCAUAUUCGGUUCACUUCCCUUCUCUGCAUCUUCAGAUUCCACAUUUGACAGUUUUGCCAAUUGUCUCACCAAAAAUGGAGUCCCAAGUAACCAAAUAUCCCAAAUUCUCUACAGUCCCACAAACACUUCAUUUAGUUCUGUUCUAAAUGCAUAUGUCCGGAACCAAAGAUUCAACACUUCAAGCACCAAAAAACCAUCCAUAAUUGUCACACCCUUACUGGUUCAACAAGCCCAAGCAGCCAUCAUUUGUACCAAAGGGUCAGGGCUGCAACUGAAAAUCCGGAGUGGCGGGCACGAUUACGAAGGAAUUUCAUAUGUUUCGGCCAACCCUUUUGUUGUUCUGGACAUGUUCAAUCUCAGGAACAUCAGUGUCGAUAUUCCGAGCCAAACCGCUUGGGUACAAGCAGGGGCUACACUAGGUGAAGUGUACUAUAGAAUUUGGCAAAAGAGCAAUGUUUUUGGAUAUCCUGCUGGUGUUUGCCCAACCGUUGGUGUUGGUGGACACAUCAGUGGUGGGGGUUACGGUCCAUUGUUGCGCAAAUUCGGCCUAACGGUUGAUAAUGUUGUCGAUGCACAGAUCAUUGAUGUUAAUGGCAAUGUUUUGGAUAGAAAAGGGAUGGGGGAAGAUGUGUUUUGGGCUAUUAGGGGUGGCGGUGGAGCAAGUUUUGGAGUUGUAUUGGCCUAUAAGAUCAAUUUAGUUCCAGUUCCAUCAAUUGUCACUGUUUUUAGCAUCCAAAGGACUGAAGCACAGAAUGCGACAAACAUUCUGGUAAAAUGGCAAAGUAUUGCUGCCACCAUUGACAACAAUCUGUUCAUCAGGGUCCUUGUCCAGCCAGUUACCGUCAGCGGAAAGAAAGCCAUCCGAUUGACAUUCAAUGCUCUGUAUCAGGGAAAUUCAAACAGUCUCAUGACCCUAAUGAAUUCUCAGUUCCCUGAAUUGGGAUUGAAGUCAAGUGACUGUCAGCAAAUGAGUUGGAUCCAGUCAAUGGUGUUCUGGGCAAAUUUCAAAAAGAGUUCACCAACACCAGAAGCUUUGCUGAGCAGAACCCCUGAUUCUGUCAAUUUCCUGAAGAGGAAAUCGGAUUAUGUCGUAACCCCUAUUCCCAAGGACGGAUUCACUGCAAUCUUCAACAAAAUGGUUCAGCUUGGAAAAGUAGGACUUGUUUUCAAUCCUUAUGGUGGAAAAAUGAGCCAAAUCGCCGAGAGCGAUGCGCCGUUUCCCCAUCGGACAGGGGUUCUUUACAAGAUUCAGUACUCUGUGAACUGGGACAGCGCUGAUCCUAAUCUGACUACUCAGUAUCUUCAGGAAGCAAGAGAUUUGUACACCUUUAUGACUCCGUAUGUAUCAAGCAAUCCCAGACAGGCUUUUCUGAAUUACAGGGAUCUUGAUAUUGGUACAAAUGAUAAUGGACCCAACAGUUACAGUGAAGGACAAGUAUAUGGAGUGAAGUACUUCAAGGGCAACUUUGAUAGACUGGUGAAAGUGAAGACCGCAGUUGAUCCCCAAAAUUUCUUUAGGAACGAACAGAGUAUCCCUGUUCUUCCUUCUUAACUCGUCCUGUUCCGCCUGAAUCUUGUUCUACCACCGUAGCAUCAGGAAAUCAUUCAAUAGGAUUAUGAUUUUUGUAACAUGUAUGUUUCGUUACCUGCAACUUCAUUGUACUCCCUCCAUCCCGAAAUUAUUGUCCAGUUUGGAUUUUCAUGUUUAACACAAAUUGAACCCAAAGUGAAAAUCCAAACUAGAGAUAAUAUUGGAGAUAGAGGGAGUAUGUUUUUUGAUGUAGUUUAAAAGAAAAACUUAUAAUAAGCUCUGAAUUGAUUUUGGUUACUCUUGUCUUCCUGUUUGUUUACCGUAUAACACAGUUUGAUUGAACCUUGUGAACUACUUUACAUGGUUUCUUUAC